GCGCGUUUUCAUUCCAGGCCUCAAACAAGCCUCUAUUUCAGCUAAAGUGUCCAUUAAUGCCCCAUAAGUAUUUCCCAUAGUAUGUAUAGCGGCUCUUUGUGGACAGAAAUGAAACUUAUCUGUCUAGUGAAAGUAAAGUGUGUAAUAUCGACUGAGUAGCUUUCUAUAAGUCACCUGCAGCUUGUGUCGCUGUUGUUUUGAUUGGUUUGUCGUGUGAAACUCAAGUCACACAUGGUUUCCCAGCGGCUCGACCCGUCAGACAGAUGUUUGAAAUCGAAAGAAGACAAACUUUACACUUUACACGUUUGUACUUUACAGCAAUGUGAUUUGGAUCAAAAUGAAGAUGUUUGAAACUGAAAGAAGACCAAUUCUCAGUUUGUACUUUACAGCCAUGUGAUUUGGAUCAAAAUGAGGGAACGCCGUUGUGACAGAGAACGUCUUUCUGUCUUGGUACUCAACAAUCAUGUCUUACACGGCUGGCUCGUACACAGCCAAAUCCUACGCGGACAAAUCCUACGCAGACAAAUCCUACGCGGACAAGUCCUACGCGUACACAGGCUACACAGAUGAGAAAUCUGCACAGGAGGCCUACGAUGAGCAGCUCAAGAAGGAGAAAAGAAAGAGGCGGGAUUCGAUGUGCUGCGAAGUUGUCGCGCUCAUCAUCGGGUUUGUCGGAUUGAUCGGAGUCGCAGCCGUCACCGGUCUCCCCAUGUGGAAAGUGACCGCUUUCAUCCAGGAGAACAUCAUCGUGAUGGAGACCCGCUGGGAGGGUUUAUGGAUGAACUGCUACAGGCAAGCCAACAUCCGAAUGCAAUGCAAAGUGUAUGAUUCUCUGCUGUAUCUUCCCCCGGAUCUCCAAGCAGCCAGGGGUCUUAUGUGCUCCUCUGUUGCUUUGACCGCCAUCGGUUGCAUUGUGGCCACCGUCGGCAUGCGUUGCACCCGUCUGGUCGAUUCCCGGCCCAAAGUAAAGCACAUCGUUCUGGUGAGCGGAGGCUGUUUGUUUUUGGCUGGAUGCUUGACCACUAUUAUUCCAGUGUCGUGGACUGCUCAUGUGAUCAUACAAGACUUCUACAACCCUUUGCUUAUCGAUGCACAGCGUAGAGAGCUUGGCGAGGCUUUAUAUGUCGGAUGGGUCACUUCUGCUCUGCUUUUCAUCGCCGGUGUGAUUCUGCUUUGUCGACAUGCACCAAGAACCCAAGCCAAAGAAGACAUGGCUACUGUCUUGUAUCGUGCCGGAUCGGCUCCCUAUAACUACUCUUAUGCGCCCGGAUAUGGAUACCAGCCUCCUUACGGAUACCAGCCUGGGUAUACCUAUCAGCCGACGUAUUCCCCAGUCCCGCCGACAGUCUACAGCCAGCCCAGAUACUAAGAGACAGUAAAUAAAUGAAAGAACUUGAGAAGAAUCUGGGUUGAAGAAAGCAGGACUGUUGAUGAAGAAUCAUUGUCGAUUAUGUCUGACUGUAUAUAUGAGCUGUAUGAUGAUUUAAAUGCAUUUCUUUAUUAUAGACUGUUCAUUAUUUACAUUUAUACAUGUGCUAGAAUUUAAAAGCCACAUGUGGGAUAUUUCCACACAGCAUUUAAUGUUGACAUAGAGUAGUCGACGUUUGAAGUGGUUCACAUCUCAAGACAAGAAAUGGAUGUUUUUGAUGAAAUGUUUUGUUCUGCUUCAAAUGUUGUUCGCUCUUUAUGUUUUUGUAUUGACGUUGUAUAUUUUAAAGCACUGGUUUGACUUUAAAUGUAUUAAAAAGGAGUGUCAAACGAA